CACACUCACGGGAACAGCUCGCGGAAGCUGCAGAAAGAGAGACCGAGGGGGAGAGCGAGAGAAGAGCGAGGGACAGAGAGAGAGAGAGAGAGAGAGAGAGAGAGAGAGAGAGAGAGAGAGAGAGAGAGAGAGAGAGAGAGAGAGAGAGAGAGAGAGAAGGAGGGGAUGCUGUUGAUCCUUCCGGCCGCAGGCGGGAGUCUUACAGUGAUUUCUUUUUUAUAACCGACCCGAGUAAGUCGUCAUCACCGGGAAUUAAGGACUAUUUCUGCGGCAGAGGGGAGGACGAGGUGUCCGACGCUUCUUCUUCCAAAAGCUUCCAAAAAUCCGUUUUUUUUGUUCCCUUCUUAUUUUCUUCGCAUCCCUCCUCUUCCUCUUCCUCCUCCUCCUCCUCUAUCUCUUCCUCCUCUUCUUUUAAAGAGGCCCGUGAGCCGCGGCGCGCUGCAGGGUGCCCUCCACCUCCUCUUCCUCCUCCUCUGGGUCUUUCGGACAGAGACCCCGAGGCUGCCCCCGCGGAGGGAGCUGUCCGGUGCUGAAGUUGCAUUUCUCGCCUUUUUUCUUCUUCUUCCUUCUUUUUCCCCCUCUUUUUUUGUUUGCACGAGGACUAAAGCGGUCAGAGAAAUAACCAAUAAGUCAACUAUUUCACCGGAUCGAUUCCCAGCAGCUCGCGCUCUCUUCCCUCCUUCCUUCCUUCCUUCCAUCCUUUCCUCCAACACCUUAUAGACAAUCUUCCUCCUGCUUCGCCCGGACGAGUCACCACGCUGGCCAGGCCGUCGGCGCUCGGCUGUGUUUGUGAGUGUGUGUCGUUGUGUUUGUGACAGUGUGUGUGUGUGUGUGUGUGUGUGUGUGUGUGUGUGUCUGUGUCGCACCACCAUGCCGAGGUCUUUCUUGGUAAAAAAGGUGAAAUUGGAUGAUUUCACCGCCGGGGCGGACCUGGAGACCGCCUACCGGCACAGGACGGACCUCAGCCUGCGGCUCCAUGACAAAGCUGGUUACAUCAGUGACUACAUCAGCCCUGUUGUGUACGACGCCGAGAGUGACAGCGGGAUCAAGGUGCCCUCCCCUGACCCCCUCUACGAUGGCAUCCACAGUGACUACGGGGCACCUGACUCGGAGUCCCCCGACAGCCCUGGCUCAGAAAUCACCGAUGGCUACAUCAACGGAGAUGCGGCGGUGAGCGAGGGCUACACAGUCGAUGCCUUCUUCAUCACGGACGGCCGCUCAAGGAGGAAAGCUAUAAGCAGUCCCCGGACCAUCCAGAGGCACACCUGCAACGAGUGCGGCAAAACCUACGCCACGUCUUCCAACCUGAGCCGGCACAAACAGACACACCGCUCGCUGGACAGCAAGCUGGCAAAGAAAUGUCCGACCUGCGGGAAGGUGUACGUGUCCAUGCCCGCCAUGGCCAUGCACCUGCUCACUCACGACCUCAAGCACAAGUGUGACGUGUGCGGGAAGGCGUUCAGUCGGCCCUGGCUCUUGCAGGGCCACAUGCGCUCUCACACGGGCGAGAAGCCGUUCGGAUGCGCCCACUGCGGCAAGGCCUUCGCCGACCGCUCGAACCUGCGCGCGCACAUGCAGACCCACUCGGCCUUCAAACACUUCAAGUGUAAACGCUGCAACAAGACCUUCGCGCUCAAGAGUUACCUGAACAAGCACUACGAGUCAGCCUGCUUCAAAGGCCCCUUCUCCCCUCUAGGUCCCCUAGAUGCAUGACCCCCCUGCACAGAUGAAACAACGGACACAACUGCAGACAUGAAUUACCAUUAUCCUUACAAAAUGAACUGCAGACACAAACAAUCUAUUUUUGGUCAGAAUAUGACCUUGCUUUCCCUCCUCCCUCACUCCUCUUCCCCCCCCGGCGCCUCGCUUUCCCUCGGAGCCUAUUCACGACGAUGAAGAUGAUGAAGAUAGCACAAUUUUUCUCUCCUUGAGAUUUUGCCCACUUAAGGAUUUAACUGAUCUACGCAUGCACUUCCUCAACGAAAAAAAACAAAAACAAAACAAACUCCUCUUCCUCUGUCUAUUCUGGACAGAGACAAUAAUACUAACAUGGCUUCCCUCUGGCAUCUAGAUACAGUACGGCACCAUAUAUUUUGGGACACCACUGAUGGUGGUGAUGAUGACGACAAAGACAAUUGUAAGCCUCCAGCUACUGAGUUCCUCCCUGCACUGAAAGGCAGUGAAAGAGUUUCUUCCGUCUGAUUUUGUUUUUUUGGGGGAAUAAUAGUAAUAAUAAUAUUAAUAUUAAUGAUAAUAAUAACGUUCUGCUGCACCAAGUGACCAUAUUCUCUCCACUAAUGAGGUAAAAAUACAAUUUAUUUAUUUAUGUAUUUAUGUAUUUAUUUAUUAUUUUACUUAUUUAUUUGAGCAUUUUUUUCCUUUUUUAUUUAUUGUGUGUUUAUACUUGAUUUGAUAACAAUGAGGCGAUGCCGUUAACCUAUCGGUUGCACUUUCAUUUCUGUAUAUGUACGUAGGAUAUUUGCCAACCUCUUUCUAUCACUACAGGCCAAAGCAUAUGUCACUUUUUUUAAGUACUAUUUUUUCCUAUUAUGUUGUUUACCUUUUUACUUAUCAACGUUUUUGCAUGCAAAAAAAAUUUGAAAAAAAAAAAAAAAAUGAAAUCUAUGCCAACAUCAUAAAAAGCUUAUGAUUUUUUGCCAAAAUCCUAUAGAUAGAACCUGAGGGCAAUAUUUUUUCUCUUGGAGCCUCCGUAGGACUCUUUAAAAAGCAAUAAUCACCUAAUGCAUGGUAUUUUAUGAUGAAGUUAUGAAGUAUUACCUACUACUGUAUAGCAGUUUAAAAAUCAGGUAUGUUUUACUUCACCUAUAGUCAUAAACAGAAGAAUACUAAUAUUACAGACAUCAGGGAACAUGCCAAUGUAGUGUUAGAGUAACGAAAAUAAAAGUCCUGUCUUUCCUCUCUUGUUAUGCACUGCCUGCCUCUUAGUGAGUAGAACUAAUGUAGGAUGUAGGCUAGAGAGGCUGGGAUCAGCUGCCUGCUGGGUGUGAGGCCUAUUGUAGGGUAGCUCUAACACCGACCGACCUGUGCUAGGCUAACUCCAGCAUGAAAUAAGACUGCUGAGACUUAGCAGGAGAGGCUAUUUUGGAUUAGGCCUCCAAACAUUUUACUCAUAUUGGAUCACUGGCCAUUCUUUGAGAGGUUCUGGGAUGUUUAAAGAUGAGUCGAGGAGACCUUUCAUACAUCACACAGCCAAAUACUGUAACAACAGACCUUUUAAUAGGCAUAACAGACCUAUCUUAUUUUUGUACGACGGAUAAUAAGAGGUGAAUACAGAAAUCAGAUUGGAAACUUUGUGCGAUGAGACGUGCAUCGAUCCAACAUGUUGGUCAGAACACAACUCUCGGUAUACUUUCAGUAGUUUGGUGCAUUGUUGAAGUUGGACCAAGGUCGGCUUUAAAUGCAAUGCAUUAUUCAACUACCCCUCCAGUGCACUUCCAAACCAUAAAGCGUGCAUUCUUAAACCACAGAAAAAAGCAUGCACUUUAGCUGGGUGGUCCAAUUGCAGCUUAACUUUCAGUCCAGAAGACGCAUUAGUCUGAGUCCUGAUUAUUCUGCAGUAGGCCCCAUUUAACCCUCCUGGGCCAAGCAUAGGCUAACUCUAUGAGUGAUAUACCUUCGAGGCAGGCUAACUCUAAUCAAACCCCGACCCGUCGAUGGUUCACCCUUUGAUUUCGGUGGCCAAUACCAGUGUUGCUGAACCCAGUUCUCUGCAGCUCAGAAACCUUUUCUGCAGAUUCACAGAGCUUCCUGAGAGACAGACAGAGGACACACAGAUCUGCGGAAAAAAACAUGAUGUGCUUAUUUAUAUGCCAUAUGUAUCCAUUGUAACCUUGCAUAGACACACUUGUGAGCACACAGUGCCUGCUGAUGAGCCGAUGGAGACACACAGAUAAUCGGAGUCUACAAGUACAAGUUUUCAACAAUUGAAAGGAAGAUGUGUUUAAUAUUCAGAUGCGAAUCUCUGUCAAAGGAAAUUUUGAUAAUUGCAGCUUCCUCGGGCAUGAGAUUACUCAAACAGAGACAGGGUCGGCUGAUAUCUAACAUCAUUUAGGGUUAAAGGGACAAAAGUAGAGUCUGAUAUGUGAACCCAUUACCUAAUUUCAUUCACAUCUCAGAGAUAAAGGUUUAGGACCUGAAUGACGUCAAAUCUGACAGCGUUCCGAAGUCAAAAAGUCAAAAUGAUGCAACAAUGACAGUCUUGGAGGAGAUGAUACAAUCUGUAAUUCAUUUACAGAGACGCUUUUUUUUCCCCUCCCAGAAAAUGUCGCUCACAAGUCAAUAAGAAAGAGGCAGUUCUUGUUGUGAGUGGAGCAAAUCAGUAUGUGAGUCAGCAAAUUGCAGGUCUUAUCUCUCCCCCUGAUGUGUGAACUAGAUUUGAGCUGCAAUUAUUUGAAUCGUAUUAGACGAUUAGUCACAGAGCUUCAACUUGUUAGGGCUUAAAUUUUUGUCUUUGUCUUUUUUUUAUCUGUGAUUUUUUUUUUUUUAAAGCCUCGGCCUGAAAAAACAGAGCUGAUAAAAACGUUAAAUGGAGUGCUUCACAACGCAAGGACUACACAAAUACAAAUUAAAAGCACAAGGAUGGUGAGAUGAGAGAGCACAUAUGCAAAGAAAAGAAAAAGCAUCGCCUUCGUAAUGUGUUUCUCGAUUCCGGUCGGAGACAUCGAUCCCUGGUAGCGAUAUAAAUAAGAAUAUGCUAUUAUCUCAACCACUGACUCCGGAGUGUUAUUUCUCAUUUCCAUCUAAAUGAGACCGAAAAAAAAAAGUAGUAACACAGUCCGUACCGUAGCAACUGAUCACAGUGUGACGGGUAUAAAAGUUGCUGAGGGAAACCACUGAGAGGAUCUCUGGCUGCGGCUGUGGUUUACGUAUCAAGAACUCUAUCGCUGUGUAUUAAAACUCACUGCGACUUUGCACUGGAGUCCGACUGUCUUCGGCGGGUUUUGAAGUCGUCGCGCCGCUGCUCAGUCGUUUUCAGAGGCAGAAAAGCCGAGUGUGUGCCGCCGUGUGCGUCUGUCUCUGGGUGAGCUCCUGGUCUGUUCUCUCUAAGCACUUCCAUCUAGUCAUCUCCACCUUAAAGAAAGUAGCACAAUGAAACUAACUAGAAUUCAGGUAGAGAAGAAUUAAAAAAAACCUUGUACUAGCUUGACCUCUCUUCUUUUUUUGUAUUUCCAAGUUAAAGAAUGAUGAUAACCUAAAUAAUCGUUUAUUGCAAGAGGGUUUGUAAAGAAUCCUUUGGAUUGAGACGUUUUUACUGCUGUAUAGCGAUAUCUGACACACCUUAUCUCAGGAGGUUUGGCUCUCUGCUGCAGAGAGAGGAUCUCCUGGGGUUUUUUUUGAGCCAGAAUUCAGACAAUGUAAGCACAAUGAACACAAAGCAUUUUGUGGCACUUCAUAAUAAAGAAUAAUCUUAACCAA